AUGUCCGACCUCGAGGAGAUCCAACUUGUGUUGGAAGGGUUCUCCCUCCUCAGCUCCACCGCCGAGGACUAUAAACAAGGCUUCGAGAAUCUACCAGAUUGGAAACGCUUACGAACUGAGUUCAUUGGUUUCGUAAAUUCCAUUGACAUCGAGAAGCAGUUGUACGGCCAAAUGCUAGAACGCUUCCUGGAUUCUACAGAUAUGUCACAAGUAGAGGUUCAAGGUUUCGUGACCGGGCAAUCAGACCUGGACCACUAUGGAAGGCAGCGAGGAAAACUUGCCGACUUGCUGCGGAGUCGACUUGGAUCAUCAUACGCUAUAUAUAUGAGCACGACCAGGUCUUUGAAUGAGGUCAUAAUAGAGAUGCAAGAUAUUCUCUCCUCGAAGAAUGGCAAGAUCAAUUGGGCAGACAAUUCUAGCAGACGAUGGGAGAUACAAAUGGAACGCAUAUGGCUCAACAUCAGCAAGACAGGGCGGACGACUCUUACUUCUCUUGGAACUCACUGUUGUAAGCUCCGAGAGCUGCUGGAACCGAACGAAUGGCUACAGAAUACAAGAGUGACUCGGAGCAACGAACCUUGGGGAAGCGUAUUCGAAAGCAUCAGACAACACGCAAGUAGCUUGCAUUCUGCUCUGCAAAGUUAUUGGACAUGUGAUUGUCCUACACCUCACAUAGUCGACCUUCAGCUCAAGCGACGGACGAUUGGGGGCUCUUCAUCCAUUUUUGAUCUUAAAUUGGAGACGGACUUGGACAUCGGUUCGAGGCGCCAUAUUUCAAUUCGGCUUAUGGUAAACUCACGUUUGUAUCGACCCCUCCAUUUUAAUGCUCCGUCUUCUCUGGGAAACUUAUUUGAGCAACCUCACUUCAAACCGGGUAGAAUAUGGUGGGAAGACGACGAGAGCCGUGGAACUCUCCCUAAAGUUCAUGCCAGAAAGAAACAGCCUACUCCAAAAACAAAAGCUAAGAAAAUCCUUCGGUUGAGUGUACCUGAAGCUAUUCCUGUUCGAGCGAUAGUCAAAUCUCCCUCCGGGGAUUCGAACCCACCUGACCAUGUCGGUAAAAACGUCUAUCGCCCCGGAACUAAAAACUUGUGUUCACCGUUGCGCCGUCUCAUCACUGACCACCCAGCCUGUCUGGAGGAUCUUGCGGGUGGAAAGCAACGCUCCCACGAGCUCAUUGUGAUCGAAGAUCGUUUCGAUCUUGCCAACAAGACUCCUUGCGUCAGCCUGGAGACUUUGCUUCGAAAUGGACAUGCGAAAAUUUUGACCAGACACCAGCGUCACGAAAUUGCUAGCAUUCUUGCCUCUUCUUUGUUACAGCUGCAAACUACCCCAUGGCUCACACAGACCUUUGGGAAGCAAGACAUCUUGUUCUAUAACGAAGACUCGGCAAUCCUCUUCGAUAAGCCGUUCUUGCGACACCCAUUCACUUCAAUUGAAAGCCGUCAAGCUAUCUCGCCCGCUGGUGGAGAUCCACCAACGGCUCGUCUUGCUGCCCGGACUAGUCUCUUCAAUCUGGGAAUUGUAUUGCUUGAAAUAUGCUAUGGUCAGGCUAUCGAAGACCAGCCCCUGCGGGAAUCGUACCUUGGAUCAGAGGGAAACCCACACGAGUAUACUGAUUUCAUGACUGCUCGCGACUGGGCUGAGCAUGUCGGCGAGCAGGAGCCAGAAUGGGUCAAUAUAAUCAGGUGUUGCUUAUCCUGCAUGUUUGAGGAAAAAGCCGAUUGGAGUAAUAAGAGAUUCACCGCUGCAGUCUACACAACAGUUGUAGAGCCAUUGGAAAAUAUGGCUGGGAGAAUAGCGGCCGAAAGUAUUCGCUCUGCGGAGGACCCUAUUGGCGCUUCCGUCUCCAUUGAAGACGCACUGACGUCCAAGAAACCCUUGCCCAUGACCAACCGGCAGACGCGAAAAACGGUAGAAGAAGAGCCCCAAGCGAUCGAGAACACUAAACAAUUGCAAGCAGGGUACUAUGACCGGGGGGAGACAAUGCUAGCACUUGAGAACCAGAUAAGGAAGAAUUUGAUGCUUUCUCAUGAACCUACAAAGGCUCUGUUUCGGAUAUCCUGGGAUCCACGCGACUUCAUGACAACUCAAUAUGAUCCCCACGAUGCUUUGGAGCUAGGUUCUGUGAUAAUAAUUAGCGGAUCGGCUCUCCAGUGUCAGGCUGUUACAGUCUCGGACUAUCUUAAACAAAACUGGGCAACGCAUGGUGAGCAUGUCCUGCAAGCACUUGAGUCGGUUCUAGCAAGUCCUGAAAUCCAGGGUCGAGCUGACAUUAACUAUGAUUGCUCGGUAAUCGUGUCGAUGACCACUCCUAAUGUCGUCGAAGUUCAAGCCACUGGGUCAUUGGAUGAUGUUGUUGCAAUUACACAAAUUUUUGCUUGGCUUGGAGCUGCAGUCCGGAAGUCAGCGACCCCCAAAGUGCAGUACUCCGAAUGUAUUCUCACUUCACUUAGUGAAGGCUCUUUUGACAUGGACUUCGUGCAAGCCCCGCUUGCAGAGCCUGAAAAGAUGUGCUGGUUCUCAUUAUUUGCCAAUCCAGUAAUCGCGAAGGGAUUCCCAAUCCCUCCUCGCACAAGCUGCGAUCUCGGCAUCGAAAUUCCUUUAGAGAUGAUGGCUUUUCUGAUCGGAGCCGAGCAUGCUGUGGAACAUGGCUGUGGCCUUGUCAUCAAAGGAUUUUCUAGUGUGCUCAUUCCCGUCAAACGUUGCAACAAUUCAGUGCAGUGGCACUUAGUCAGUAAACCAAAUGGCACAAGGAUGAAGUAUAGCGACAUAAGCGAUGCAAUGAGACUAUCUCUGCGCGAGUUGGACCAAGAUUCUCUUGGCCAAACGAGAGCUUUUCUGGGGUGGUGGAGACAUUCUGAGUCUUAUCUUGGAACACGUAAUGUUGUAUAUGGGGAUAUUAGUCCCUCAAAGGCUGAGCGAGUUUCCAGAAAAAUAAAUAUGACAGACGUUACUGUCGGUUUCUCAAAAGGAGGAAGCGCCACCACAAAGUUUGCCAUCGGAGCGAGGGAGUCGAGGUAUGUGUCGCGGGCGGGCCGUUUGGAACCCCUUCUCGAUGCGGGCCAAGAGAUGCGCGUUUGUCUCUAUGAUUUUGCCUCUAAGAGAUCAUGGUUUGCUUCGGGAACGGAAGUUCUUCUCUAUCUCGUGCAUAUCAAACACCAAAAAAGACCGUACGUCAUGAACGGUGAGAGAGUAGAUCUGGAAUUUGCGAAUCCAGCAGAAGAUGGGUCAGGAGCCUGCAGAACCGCCUUAAUGAGUAUGGCUUCUGUUCCUAUAUACGGCAAUACAGCAAUAUCAAGCACCAACUACUAUGUGCAGGAUCUUGUCAAUCAACUCUGGCUCCGCCUAGAAAAGAUUGAGGAGCCUAAAGACGAGGCUGGCAUAUCCAUAGACCUGAUGGCUAGUCAGAAGUUGACCGGCUAUGAACUAAUGGAUCUCGCCUUCGAUAAAGGAGUUUUGAAACAAAGAGAGGUGCGUCUCCAAGAUACAAGCGGGAAAUGGCUUGACAUGAUCAAGGCCUGUGACGGAGUUGUGCUAUUUGGAAGCCACCUCGGGGAUUUGAUCAGGCCCGCUACGGAGACUCGUGGUCUCUAUCCCGGCUGGUCGAGCCUCCCGGAAGGAAAAGACUACAUGGCAAUGACGAGUCAAAGUGUGUUUCGUGUCUUUGGAGAAGCCGAUGACGAAGGACAUCUCAGAUUAUUCGACUUGAGGCUUCACAAAAGCUCUCUUCUGUUCGAAAGUUGUUCUGGUUCGAGAAGUCACUGUUCUUGCCAACGCACCCUGCAAAUAGUGCGAAAAAGAAAGAUAUCUUGGGGCAUGGUGAAUCCUCCAGGCAACUGUGGCCUGACAGGAUGUGUUAUAAUCGGUCGAACUCGUGGGAUCCACAAGUCGCAAAAACAUUCGUCUAAUUUUGAGGGACAGCUUUGCUCUUCCCAGAGCUCCAACGAGUGUAAUAAUGAAAAUCUCGUGGACGAGGCUUUGACUACUUCGGCGCCCGAAAUGCCAAUACCAGAAGAUUUUGAAGCGGCCUUGAGAGCUUCGGGUGACAUGUACCUGAGUCAGGAUGAUGAUGAUGAUGUGGACUUAGAAUAUUCUGAAGAGGUGCCUGUACAGGUGAAUACAACACUACGCAGCCGCCAAUCAGGAUCCUCCUCGACAGUAAUUGACGCCAGGCCAAUGCCUGUUGUUUGGCCGUUCUCGGAUACGAAGAAUAAGAUCCUGCCUCAAGAUUACGGCGAAGAUGUUGCACUCCAAUCUCAAACAUCAGGACCACUACCCUUGGGCAUAGAUUCGAGAAAUCUAAAACAACUUGAUAUGUCAUCGACAGAAUUGCCUGGACCAUCGACAUGCCUUUGCCGUAUGAGAUCUGACCCAUCCGCUGUACAUACCUGUCAAUGCUUCCGCAAAGUUCGAGAAGAAGACGCGGUAGUGAUUGCAAAGGACUCUGGUUGCCAUCUUCUUUCAAUACCCGACAGCAAGCCUUUCCUUGUCUCUCGACCAGCACGCUUGAAUAUAGUAGAAGGCCGCACAGAAUUGGAUCCGACGCUGUCACUAACGUCGGGAAAAAAGCUUCCUUCUCUGUCCGCUGAAUAUGAAUCAUCAGAAGCCCAUAAUGGGAGGUGGACUUCCACCAAUCCGAGGAGCCCCCCGAACGUCUCACUGCCACACAGAAAGCUCCUCGACUAUGCUUCAAAAUCGCCAACUCCAGAGAACCAGGGGCAACCAGUGCGUGGUCAAGGUGUCCAAAGACUCGUGAAGAAGGGGCCUGUGAGUGAGCUUCGGAGCUCAUACCUGAGGGAAGAGCCUAGGACAAGUGACCCAGAAGCUCAUCCAUGGAGAGUGGCACAACGACAUGAUGCUCAGAAGGACGGGAAGGGAAAGGGGAAGGAGAGUGCCGUAUAAAACGCGGACAAUUAUAUACCAAUAUGGCGUAUCAAAAUUCACUUGCGGAAAGCGUCUCUGUCAUUCUGUGCUGGAUGACUAGCAUCUGUCGCUUACCCAUGUUGAUGGCUUUCCACUUCUGCUUAGUCUCAAUUUUCCUCUCCACCUAGUUCACCUGCUUAUUUCAACACCUUGCCCCACGAUCUUGUUUUGCGUCACAUCUAAAUUGGCAACUAUCACUUUAUCGUCGAGUUUUGCUAUAAUCUUUUCCAGGCAGCCAGGCUCUUUCCUUUUGUCUCUAAUAUCAUAAGAAAGACAGUAAUUAUGAUAACGAUAUUGGUGUAAAUAAAAAGGAAGUAGCAUCAUAAUUAACAGAAGCGAGAGUAAUACAGUCGCUGUCAAUUGCUGUUUGAUGAGACAAGAUUUCCCACCAAAAGUCACACUUGACACUUGUUUUUAAACUGUUACUAAAGACCUUUUAUAUC